AUGCGACCGGCUUUGACUCGAUUGUUGAAGAGGCCGUCCGCGCUUUCAAUAAUCGACAGCCUCGCCGCAUCCUCAAUCGGGAUCGAGCAGUUGGAGUCCCGACACGCGCGCCUUCGAUGUCAAUCACAAUGUGCCAAUCGAUCCUCACUAGUGGACGACAAUGACCCUAGCGCUUCUAACCAGAAAAUGAAACCCUUGUGGCCGACCAGAUCGAAGAAAAAACCGCUCAGUUUCUCCGUCUACGAUAUUGAACCCAGCCCUCGAUCUGAAGAACCUUCCUUUUGCGACAACGAUUCGACUCUAGGCGGGGCUUCGGAAAGCCUCGUCAAAUCACUACGCUUGAAACCAGAAAGAUUGGAAUUUGAAUCCGACAUUGGCCAUACAAAUGACUUUGGAACACGAUUAGUGGACCUCCCGGAACACAGGAAUAAUUUUGAGCUUUGGGAGGAACUACUUCGGUUUCGCCAGCGCCACUACGGAGAUGAGGGCACUCAGGUGAUUUGGGAAGGAUUGACAAACCGUGCAGGUGGAGUAGAAUUGCCGCUCACGGGGAAUCGUGCAGAUUUCUUCUGGCAAAGUUUCGUGGACCUAGGACUGACACGGGAGAUAUUCCUGAAGGAUGUCCUAGACUACGCAAUAACUCUUGGCGGCAGUGGCGGCUGCUGCUGGCCGCGGCUUUAUGAAAGAGCUGUGGGUGGUCUUCUGGACCGAGGCAUGAGCAAACAGGCGAUCGAAUGGCAUCGAAAGCUUCAGGAUUCUCAUCUGGCGAAACCUAGUGAUCUUAUACGGAUUAUUCCAUACGCCAUAUCACCAUCAUCACUCCCUCCCGCCAAUGAUUUGCUUUUAUUCGCCCAUCCGCGUCCUCGACUAAAGUCCAAAACACAAUACAUGCGGCUCAAGACCUUGAAGGCUCUAUGCCGUGGGAUUGAUCAUCGCAUCUACGGACCAGUCAUUCUGAAUUGCUUGGAGCAAGGCUAUGGAGAGGACGCAUUAGCAAUACAUGCCUGGUUGACUACCCGAUCUGACCAUCCUCGAUCAUUGCAGGAAAUUCAACCCUUAUUGGAAUUCACGAGGAAGUACGGACUUCGGCAAGAAUAUGACAACCUUCGAGAUUAUGCACAGAUGAGAUUUCCAUCCUUCUCGCCUGAACAAGAUCCGUCACAAGAACCACCAGCAAACGAGACCAAUAAAAAAGACCAGGGAAAUACAAAGUCCAGCCGACCGGGGAAACGUCAAUACAAAGACGAUAUCGCUGCCAGACUGUUUGCUACUCGUGCUCUCAAUUCAGACAUGGUGAUCGGCGGCCUCAGAAUGCUCGGAAUAUCCCAAAUUGGCCCUAGAACCUUUUGGGAGAUGGCUGUACGAGCUCAUGAUGGCCAGGAAAUCCUAGAAACUCUCAAAUUGCUCCGCCAGUCUGGCAUUACCACCGCCGACAGUGUCUUCGCGAGGCUGGUGCCGAAACUCGCAGCCCAAAAUCGCGAGUUCCUGCUUUCAGACUUGUUGCAAAGUGACCAACACCCUGAUGUUUUGGAGGAUGUGAAGCUGCAGGAAUCACUCUUGGUCUCAUACUACAUGGCUCGCGACUGGCGCCAGUACAAUAUGUCACUAGCUAUCCUGGGAGAGCAUUUUUCGGAUUCUCCAGGCUUACUAGAUAUCCACUUCCGCAAACACAUGGCCACCGGCGAGCUCAGCGCAGCUUCCAAGGUGGUAGAUGAACUUACCUUGCUUGGCAAGACCUUGAGUGAGGACAGCGUGGAUUUCAUGGCUGAAAAGCUCCUGCCGCGUCGCCGGAAGCACCACACCCCACAGGUGGGAGAAUGGCUACCUGCUCCGGCUGCCCGUGAUGCAUUGAUGUUUGUGUUCAAGGUACUCCAGCGCGUGGUUCCUACCGGAUGCUAUGUGAGCCCUGAUUUCUGGGAGGAACUUCUUAAGCGGCUGGGCAUGGGCAACCAUUGGGAUGAACUGCGGGAAUGCUCUCUGUGGCUCGUUCGUCAGUAUAAUCAUGGACUGGAAGGAAGCGGGAACCUCCGAGGGAUGUCUCCUGCCCAGCAAAGGCCUCUUGUUCGCUCGGACAGUCGGGUACUUGAUCUUAUCUUUGCCAAGAAGAUGCAACAAGCCAUCAUUUCCUGGGGCUUCAAGUUUCGUGUGACGCGUGACACAGAGAACAAAUACCCUUGUGAACACCCUGUUACAGGUGAUAAGCUUAUUCCUUGGACACGAGGCUUGAUACUUCUUCGGGAGCUGGAGGAAGCUGGUCUUACUCUUCAGUUGGGCGCAAUCCAGCAAGCGACUCGGGUCCGCUUGACUAUACUAUUUGGACUUUACUGUCAUUCUGCAGUGCGCUUCAACCGUAUGCUGCGGAGGGUCAAUCCCUACACUCAAGAUCGAGUAUUGAAAGAUAUCAACCUUGCCUGGGGAGAGUCCCUGUUCCAGAGGAGGGAACAUUUGCAACCGGAGAAGCUCCUGAACCCUACUCGCACAUACUUUUCACGGAGGAACUCGCGCGGUGUCAUGUUGUCACGAAGGCGAGCUCGAUGA